AGAAAGCUGUUUCAUCUACGUGGAAGCGACCAGAUGUUCUUCUCUCCUCCGCAAGGGGGCAUGCAUGUGUCUUUCCACAGGAUGCCGAGUCACCAGUCUGGAUUCCGGACCGCCUCAUCACAUCAUACAAUCCCAGGGCAGAAAAGCAGAAAGUCUCCCCUCAACAACCGACAGCGAAAGAUGAGAGCGGAGCGUGCCUCAUUCCUGAUGACGCCAGACAGCUCUGAGCAGCGCCUCACUUCUGCUUUCACCAGGCUUCAGCUGCAUGGUCGCUCAUCUACCACGCUGUUGCCAACUUGGGAUCAGCUUCAAGAAUUGGUCUCUGCUGCAAGAGAUAGCGUGCUUCCUCUCCGACUCCCAGUUACUCCCUCCAAUCUUCUCCUGCUAUGCUUUCACUUCUCUUCACCCAGGUAAUUAUUUUUCUCUAUGCUGCUGCCCAAGACUCCUACUGGGCUUAUUUACCUGAUCCUCCCUUGUUUCAUGUGGCCCCUUGGGAAUUUGGCCUUGUCAAGGUGAGGAGAAAGUAGUUCUUAUUUCAAAGAACGAACUUUGACUUGCUACAACUAUUCUGGAAUCGCUGACUCCCUUCCCACAUGCUUUACUGUUAAAAAUGACAUUAAAGGGUGUUUCUCUUUAGAGGAGAGAGAGUUAAUUUCAGAGUCUCCAACUCCUCGAAAAUAUGCUUGUAGUGACGAUUCCACCAGUCAGCGACACAUUCAGUUUCUAAAAUUAUUUUUACCUUUUAAAGGAGGCUUUCAUUAUUCUCCUCCAUCUUCUUCAGGUCCUUUGCCUUCCCUUUUGUUUGCUUGUCAGAAUGGCGAGGAGCUGAUCUCUGUUUGGGAGAAUAUUGCUAUUAAUGGCUACCCUAAAUGGUGGUCUUGCGGUUUUCUCUCCAAAGCUGCGUACUUUACUCCCUUUAGCCCUACAGCUCAAACUUUUAAACUUUUAGAUUGGUCUGUUAGUAGUCCAGAACAUGAUUAUCUAUGCAAUUGAAACAGUAUAGGUUUACCAAAGGAGAUGCUUCCUUACCGACCUCCCCUGCUAAUGCCUGGUUUGCCCCUGGAUGGGCUUCCCCUACCUUUCCCCCAAUUUUUAAUUCCCACUUGCUUCCUGUUCAGCCUGAUCUAUAGCAUCUUUUGGCUGCUACUCAUAAAGUAACCCUUAUUAGACCUCGUUCUGAGGUUAAGAGAGUUUCUGCUUCUGUUUUAGCCUGUGUGGCUGCUCCUUUCUCCUUUCUUUCCUCUGAAGAGCAUGGCGAUUUUUCCCUUGUCAGGAUGGUCAUGGUGUUUAUCAUGUUACUUGCAUAAAUUGUCAAUUAUCUAAUUGUCUUAGUGUUACAAGGAAAAAUGUUUUUGUCAUAGUACGACAACCUCCUUAUGUACUUUUGCCUGUCUAUGUUAAUGGGACAUGGUUUUUUGAUCCUGGCAUAGAGGCCAUUCAUCAUGCCUCCUCUGUACUUCGUAGAGGUAGGCGUUUUGUGGUUGCCUUAAUUCUGGGUCUUACUGCUCUGAUUGGUGUAAUGUCUCCUUUUGCCUUAUCUACUACUUCUUUGGUUAGAGAGGUCCACACUGCUCAUCUAAGUUAUCUAAGAAUGUUAGUAUUGCUUUAUUGAUUCAAGGAAAGAUACAUGGAGGGUUUGAAGACAGGGCGAAUGCUCUAGAAGAGGCAGUUCUUUAUAUGGGACAAGAAAUUCAAAAUAUUAAGGUUAGAUUAUUAGUACAGUCAUUCUUUGUUUAGAAGGAGUGUGUUACUCCCCUGCCUUAUAAUGAGCCAGUCCCGCAUGCCCACAGCUUAUACACUGUCUGCUGGAGUGCGGCUUUGCUCUGCCCUGCCCUGCCGUGGUUUGCAUUGCCCUGUGGGCUCUCACUUCUUUGGCCAAAGACUUUUGAGAUCUGGGCUCACCAAGCCCUGCACUAGGCAACACCUAGAAGCCAGAGCCAAAUGAACAGAUGCCAGGCUUGGCCCUGGGGACUGGUGUCUCCCCCUCCCCUGAAGUGUUUUCCCCAGUUCACCACUCCAGGUUUACUUUGCAGGGACCCCCGUAGGUGGCAGGCUUGGCUGAUCCUCACCUGUGAGCCUGGGAUAGUUGUGGGAUGUAGGGUUGCUGAAGACUUUCAGGGAGAUGCAGGCCUUUCAUAAACUCCUCAACCAUCCUGUGCCCUCCCUGGUUCGCUCGCCCCGUGGAAGUUGGGAAGCCACUUUUCCCUGUCCUGUGUGACUUUCCCUGCAUAGUGAGCUCUCCUGCAGGAGAUACUUUCACAUGCUUCUUUAAAAGCACCUGUUCCUCAGAUCUAGAUCAGCUGUGAAAACAGGCUUCUCCAUGUCAGUGUGCUAGCUCCUCCUCCCAGCUCAGAGCUGCAACACCAGAGGAUCCUCUGGCCCCAGUGCUGUGUGAGUCCCAUGGAGAAGUCAGAGCAAAGUGCCCCUUCUGCGAAGUGACUCAGAACAGAAGGCUCAGAAGUGACAGUCAACCCCCAAGUGCUUCUUCCAGGAGAAAGCAACCAGCUCUCCCUUUUAAACAGUUGUUGCCUCACAUAUGACCCAGCUGUAUGACUGGAGAAGAUUUCCUGGAGUUUAGUUGCCCAGAGUGUAAGCAUUUCAUGAUUCUAAGACAGCCUCAAAUUAAAACCGAAGACUCUUAUUUUAAAACUUUUAAAAAAUGAAUCAAGUAUAAAAUACCAAUAUGAAAUAAUCAUAAUCAGAAUUGAGCUAAUUCCUGUGAAGUCAUUUAGUUUUUCAUUUUCUGCUUCUAUUUUCAAGGCAUCUAGAGUAGAACUAUCUGAGAUCCUAAGGCCUUCUAUUAUGGUGCUACCCAUUCAUUCCUCUCUACUUGAGGACUUCUCAGGUGACUUAAGAAAACCUGAUUUCUUUUCAGAUUGUCCCCAGCUGGUGUGAUCUCUCUGUCGAUGGCCCUUGCCAAAAGCUGCAAAGGCAAUGCAUUGUUUUACAACACAAAAUUCCAGACAUUAAUUUACCAAUAAAGUCUCAGGAGUCAGAUGCUGUAUUUAAGUGAAGCUCCCAACUGUCCUUCCUAAUUCACUGUUCCCCCAGAAGAAGAGCACUGUAGCUCUCUCUGCACACUUUCUUAAAAAUCCUACAACUGAAAGACUUUCCAUUGCCCUACUUAUCUUCAUUUCCUAUCAAGUUGUGCCUUGAUCUGCUCUAGACCUAAGUGCCCUUUAGCUUUGCAGUAAAGGUGUGAGGUAGGUGAGCUAAACAGUAACAAAGUCCAUGCUCACAGUAAACAAAGAGCUCUUGCAUUAAAUGUCUGUGCCCUGGCGAUGCUAUAUCACACAAUAGUUUUUCAUUAAAUAAUACAUUCAUGGAGAUCAUAGUGUGAUCAAAUAUUUUGUAACAUAACUUAGUAAUGUUCUCUCUAUUACAUAAGUCAAGUACUAUCCUGUGUAUUCUGGCCUUUUUCUGUCAUGUCUGUGUGCAUCACCAUGGGAAUCCCAAGGAACAUCAAUCCUGGGCUUUUGAAACUGUUGCAUACAGCCAACCGGGGACCAAAACCGACCAGGAGACUACUGAUACUUGACACACGUAAAGUCAUCUCCCUAUUUUCAUAUAGUUUAUGGCAAGAAGUCACCAUUGCUGACAAUGUCUCAUUAUCCAACGUGCUUCUAAAUGGAAGAGUUGGGGUAAAGGAGGUCACCCCACAAAACACAAAACACCCAUCUAGGAUAAACAUGUAUGGUUUAUUGAAUCCAAACAUACAUGAAUUUCAGGACACAAUUAAAAGUCCUAACCUAAGGAUAAGAGAUAUAGAAGAGAAUUGAGAUUUCCAGUUCAUAGGUCCAGUAAACAUCUUCAACAAAUCAUAGCAGAAAACUUCCAUAAGGUAAAGAAAUAAAAGGCCAUAAAGGUACAACAAGCCUAGAGAAUGCAAAAUUAAUUUAACCAGAAAAAUUUCCUCCAUUCACAUAAUAAUUAAAACACUAAAUGCACAGAUAAAAGAAAGAAUAUUAAAUGGGUAAAGUAUAAAUAUCCAGCAACAAAUGAAUUCAGACCUAUCUGAAUUACACCAGACUUCUCAACAGAGACUCCAAAAGCCAGAAAAAAUUGGGCAGAUGUAAUGCAGACCAAGGCUACUAUAACCAGCAUAAUUCGCAAUCACCAUAAAUGGAGAAACCAAGAUAUUUCACAACAAAACCAAAUUUAAACAAUAUUUUUCUUUAAGAGAGCACAACAGAGGAUAAUAGGAGGAAAACUUCAAGACAAUGAGCUAAACUGUACCCAAGAAAAACCAAGAAACUAAUCAUCUCUCAAUAAUUUCAAAAAAGAGAAGCACACAAACAUAAUUUCACCAAUAACUAGAAAAAGAAGAGAAAGCAGCAAUCAUUGGUCUUUAAUAUCUAACCAGACCUUCUGUCACCAAUCCCCCAGCUCCUAGGGACCAAACUGCCAGCCAAAGGAUAUACAAGGAUGGGUCUAUGGUUCUAGGUCACUGUGUAGAAGAGGAGUGACUUAACUGGCAUCCAUGUAUUGGGAGGCCAUUGACUAUGCUGAGGCCUGUUGCCCCACCAAAAGGAGGUCCUAGAGGUGUGAGGUGGGAAUGGAUAUGUGUGGGUGGGGGAUACUGUCAUAUAGGCAAAGCUGAGCAGAAAUGGGAUGUAAGAUUUGAUGAGGGGAGUCUGGAAACUGGGACAACAUUGGAAAUAUAAAUAAAUAAAAUAACCAAUUAAUAAAAUAUAGCCACAAAUAAAAUAAAAAGCAAAAAGGUAAAAGAAUAAUUACACCAAAAUAAAACAAAAGAAAUCCCUGUAGUGGAUUGGCCUAAUUCUUCUUGUGUUUAAUGCUAAUUUGUGGAACUCAAGACUGGCAAAUCCCCAAAAGCUGACCCUGCUCCCAGUUAACUGUGAUUAUAAAGAAGCCAACAGCCAACAGCUGCACAGCAGAGAGAUGGGGGAGGUGAGCUUUGAGGGCUUUGCUAGAGAGGAUCAUGAGGAGGGAAGAAGGAAGAAGAAGCUGCCAGAGAAUAAAGGAAGAACGUGUGUGAUGGAGAGGAGAGAGGAAGAGGACAGCAGCCAUGGUUAAGGGAGAGGAGCGCCUGGUCCUGAGGGCUGUCCAAGUGCAACAAAGAGCAGCCAAGAUGCUACACAGUCAGUAAGAGUUGAGCGUUAUUGUUUGGAAAGUAGAUCUGAUACCAUGGAGGGCAGGCAGCUGCCCAGCUACUGUGCUGACUAAUGCACACUAAACAUAAAUUUAACACAAUAUGUAUAACCGGUAAGACAGCUCUGUAGAGGAUCCUAAAAGGAAUACUUUAGUUUGAAGGGAAGGAUAAAAUACUAGAGAAAACAGGAAAUAAUUUAAUAAAACUACGACAGUCAAUCAAAAGAAGCCAAUAAAAACCACAAAAAUUAACAAAAUGACAAAAUUUAAUACAUAGGUUUAAAUAAUAUUUGCAUGUCACUAAACUCAAUUCCCCAGUAAACAGACAUACAUUUAGCCAGAAACAGGAUCACCAUCAUGAGAGAUGUAGAGGAUAUACUAGGGAAACAGAACUAAGACACAGGUCCCUAUAGCAAUUCUAUGCAGUUUCUCUGUCAAUAAAAACCAGCAAGUUCUAGAGUUAAAUGUCUGUGUUAGUGCUGACCUACACCGCCAGACAUAUAUUUUCUUUUAAGUAAAUAACAAAUCUUGGGGCUUACAAUGUAAUCAAAUAUCCUGAAACAUGAGUUUGCAGUGUUCCCUACAUUUUUUAAAUCAAGUACUUUGACUACCAUUUUGGUUCUUUCUAAUCCUGUCUGAGUGCAUCAUCAAGGGAAUCCCAAGGGAAAUCAGAAAUGGGUUCUUGAAGCUGUUGCACAGGGCCAGUAUAGACCUAAGUACCACAGAGGAAACCUUGAUUCUUGUCACAAGGGAUCAUUUCACCAUCCCUCUUAUCACAUAACUUAUGGCAAGAUGUCACCUCUCCUGACCUUAGCUUCUUCUCCUAAAUGCUGCUGAAGGGAAGAUUUGGUGUCAAGAGGUCUGGACUCAAACCACAGGAACAUUGAAUUCAUUUAAAUAGGUGUAGUUCAUUGAAUGCACACACCAAUACAGUUCAACCAGAGCAACAGCUCACAACUGUGUACUGGACAUUGCUAUGGCCCAGCUCAUUGCAAGAUCCACAUGGGCUCAUGCACAAGGGCUGUAAAUGUUGAUGUCUAUGGGCCCUGACUCAGGACAUUUUACACAUAAUUGUUCCUAUUUUCCUUGAAUCUGAUGGGUCCUAUGGGAAGCUUAUAGUUGGGGAACUUGUUAAGAUUAACAAACCUCAUAAUAUACAGAACAUAACAGGGUAAGUGACCAGCACCACACAGUUCAGUGUCAGAUUUUUUUGUUUUGUGUUAGCUUGUUUUCAGCAUCCAUGAUGUGGAGGCAUAUUACAGCACAAUAGGAAAGAGCUGGCUGCUGUGUAACAAAUUUGCCACUGUUAAGGUAGGUGUGGGGACAAGACCUCAGCAGGGAAGGAGAUGAUGUGUUUGAUAACUGAAAGGAGCUGCCUCAGCUGUGUUUCUCUGCCUGCUCAGUGCCCAUUCAACAUCACUUGGUCCUUGAAGAGGAACUCAAGGUCUGCCCCCCUGCUGCCUGUGAGCCAGGAGUAGGCACAGAAAGGCAAGGCCACAGAGCUGGUUUCCAAUUCCUCAGUAAUGCUGGAUUUCCACUAACGUACGUGGAUACACAAAUACAGUGUGGUAAGUUACAAUACAUACUAAUCAUUUCUUACAUAGGGCAGCAGUUGAUUGACUACAACUAAUUCUAUUUAAAAGAGAAAGAAACCUGGCUCUUGUGGAAAUAUACAAAGAAAUAUCUACGAUGCUGGGGAAUGAAUUCUGCCAUGGACUGAACUCAGAAUGGGGGGGGUUGGAAGAAAGAUGCAUGGUUAAAUAGCCCACCAGGUUCACAUUGUGUCAGCUUGAUUUAAUCUAAGGACAAAAAGUGGAGUAUCUCUGAUGGCUUUCUUUUUAACCCUUGAAAGGAUCCCUGGGUAUUGGCCUCAGUACUUCAUACUUCUUGCUGGGGCAACAAUGCUCAAGGAAGCUUGAGACUGUCAUAGGCACAGUAUUAUGCUAGAUAUACAGAGUAGAUAAUACUAAGAUGUUCAGAUCGUGAUAUCCAUUUAUAUAUACUCUUAAUGUGGACCUAAGGAAAGAGAGAUCAAGGUCCUUACAAUAGAAAGAUCAGUUCCAUUUUUUUCUACCAUUCCAAACUGAACGACUGGUAGGGAGAGAAUGGUAGAUAAUUGAGAAUUCAUAGAUGAUGCUUUGAAUGAAGAGUGGGUUUCUGCGCUGGUUUUAGACAGGGUCUCAAGUAUCGCAUGUUGCCCUCUACCUGGUUGGCCAGGUUCUCUUUGAGCUCAGAUAAACCUCCUUCCACUUUCCAAUACAUAGGCUUACAAGAGUAGCCUCCAAGGACUGUGAGGACAGCAUUAGCCUGUGACAGUUGAGGUGUGCAACCCACAACUAUAGUUUUAGCCACGAUUUUCCAUGUCUACCAGCUAUUUCAGAUUGUUGCUGUUAUAUGCCUGACAAUCAAGGACGCAGAAAAAUAACCUGAUAGAGAACAAGGGCAUGGUGAUCACAUCCUUGCCUCUUCUGUAUGUUCUGGAUGAGGUUUGUUAAAAUUCCAAUAUUGCAAAAAGCUUUAUAUAGGGCCCAUCACAUUAAGGGUCUCUAUUCACUGUUCUAUCUAAAAUGGCCCAAUCAGAACUGACCACCAGAUAACACUUCUGCAAUCUUCAUAUGAGAGAGAAGCUUGAGCUUUUUGUUUUGAUUUUUUCUUUUCUCUUUCUUUCUUAUUUUUUGCUAUAUAAGUUGAGAGAAAGAGAGUUGGGGCCAUGAAUUUGCUCCCAAAAUUUGAACUAUGGAUGUGAUCAAUCAGUGUUAGUGGGUGCAUUCUAUACAGUAUUCAUUCUUUACUAUGAUAGAUGCUUCUGUGUUUGGUGGGGUGGCCAUUUCCCAGUGUACAGGUGCUGGGACCUUACUCUAUCCACUUAAUGAUGUUUAUAGCCUCAUUUUAGUUGUUUAUGUGCACCCCCUAUGUCUCUUGACUAUUUUAUUUUUCUGAUAGAAGCUCAUGGUACAUCUUACUCAGGCCUGUGAGCAGUGCUCUUUUGGCGACAUUGGUGCAGAGUGGAGAACCCCACAAGCAGCAUGAGGUUCCGUUCACUGGUGGCUCCAAUAUUGCACUUUCCUCUGCCAACUGGUCUCCACACUUUUCCUAGCACCAUAAAGACUUCAACUCUUUCUCCUAGGAAUUUAUUGGCAAUUGUCAAUUGCUAAGCACAUGACUUCAUGAGUGUUCCCCUAACACACACCCAUGUUAUAACCUACCAUGCAGACUAUUUCUUGAUGUGAUAUAAACCACCUGUACAUAAUGAAUCAAGAGAACUUUUGAGUGCAUAUUCAAACUGGUGUGAAAUCUCAGUAAGUUUUAAUGGCUAACAUUGGUGAAUGAGGACAAUUUGAGUUGGGAUGAGACAUUUUGGGGCAAGAUAUGGAAGGAAACAUUCAUUUAGAUGCAUAGGAAUUACUAAGGUUGUUUUAUAAUCAAGCCGUGAGGAAAAUUUGGCUUUAGAAGGAGGAGAUUCCCAGUGGCUCAGCCCUGGGAAAGCCUCCUGGAAAGGGCCCCUCAGCUUAUGCUCAGUACAGGGAGAUUAUUAUCAGGAAACAAAAUCUGCUCCCCAUGACAUCAGCUGUCCCUUCUUGGACAUUCUAUUAUCUCCUAGAGAGUUCUUGGCAUCCUCUGUGAUGUCACCAGUGUUGUAGUGACAACCAGUGCCCUAGUUUCUCUCAUACUGAGUCUGGCGGUUACAACCUAAGACAUGUUUUCCCGUCUUAGGAAGCGUUUUGGGAGGGGGAUCGUCGAUUCUGGAGAGACUAGAAUGAAGGAGUCUGGCCUUUCGUCUCAAAGUAAUGAAGGACAAAGACAGGACUUCUGGGGAAUGUCAAACGCUGGGAGAGAAACAUCAUCCCCUAGCACUGACCUAAGGGAGAAGCAGGCCAAGAAGGAAAAGGAGAGGCUGAUUGAAGAGCUGCAGCUCAUUACCGAGGAGAGAAAUGACCUGAGAGAUCGCCUGAGGUUCCUGACAGAGAGAUCCAAGAACAACAUGCCACACUUCAGGCCAAAUCCAUAUUAUGAAGACCUGGAGAGAAUGGAGGAGGCGGUCAUGUCAAUUCUGCACAACUUAGAGAUGGAGAACACUGUGAUCCAUGAGAACAACCAGAAGCUGAAGAAGGAGAUUACCUUCUCUAGAAACCUGCUCAGCCAGCUCCUGAUGGAGAACACAUGGAGGAAGAAGUUGGUCCCACGGAAGCAGGAGAGCAAGGAGGGACAUCUUGAGUGUGCACUGAACCAGAAAUAUUUGGUUGACUUCAACAAGAAAGAUAAAGACCAGCAAUGUCCAUACCCAGCAUCAUCAGGUCUCAGAAAGUGCAAGAGAGCUGGAAUUGGACACACACCAGGAAGAGAGCUUCCUGAAGAAUAAGUUGUUUUCUCAGGAGUCCCUGAUGACCAACACCCUGAAUGGUAACAACAGUUUUUGGAAGAGUAUUCAUCCUCUGAAUUAAUUUGUCAUUUCUUAGAGACCCUAAAUUUAUAUAUCACUAAGCCAGCCUGACUGAUUGAGUUCUUACUCACUUUCUUCUUCAGAAAACACCACUUGAGAGACAACUUGGGGGACCGCCUUUCAUUAUGUGUGCUAGAGGAGACACAGCAAUACAUCUGUGCUUCUACAUGUUCGUUAAGAAUCUGCUUUUAGAAAUAUUUUUGUUAUGAUUUUAAUUGAAGUUUUCUUUUUGUUGUUUCAUAUUUAUAUGUUCUUGUUACUAUUUUUAUUUUCAAAUAUUUUUAAAUAUUUUUAUUCAUUUUAACCCUGUUUUGUUAUAAAAAUGUAUUCGUUAUGAAUAAAAAUUGAAUUCUA